AUGAGUAAGAUGCAGAGGCAGAACUAUCCCUGGAGAGUCUAUGAUAACCAAGAGAAGGCUCCUGUGGCUGAGUGUGAGAGGACGUGUGGGGGUCCAUCAGAGAAGGCUCCUGUGGCUGAGUGUGAGAGGACGUGUGGGGGUCCAUCAGAGAGAAGGCUCCUGUGGCUGAGUGUGAGAGGACGUGACGUGUGGGGGUCCAUCAGAGAGAAGGCUCCUGUGGCUGAGUGUGAGAGGACGUGUGGGGGUCCAUCAGAGAAGGCUCCUGUGGCUGAGUGUGAGAGGACGUGUGGGGGUCCAUCAGAGAAGGCUCCUGUGGCUGAGUGUGAGAGGACGUGUGGGGGGUCCAUCAGAGAGAAGGCUCCUGUGGCUGAGUGUGAGAGGACGUGUGGGGGUCCAUCAGAGAAGGCUCCUGUGGCUGAGUGUGAGAGGACGUGUGGGGGUCCAUCAGAGAGAAGGCUCCUGUGGCUGAGUGUGAGAGGACGUGUGGGGGUCCAUCAGAGAGAAGGCUCCUGUGGCUGA